AUGGCGUGGUGUAAGAAAUAUUGCUGCUCCCUGUAUACUGGGGUCUGGUCAAAGGGUCAAAGGGAAACAUUGAAAUCCGGCUUGCCCAUUAUACUACCGGAUACUUCUUCCGGGAUAAAGGCAUCUCCUCGACCAAUAAUUGCUCGUCCGACAUUCGCUGACAUAUCCUCGAGCGCUGAUGCCUCCCUUACAAGCCACUGCGUCACCUGUUCACCUAUUGGUUUACCCAUACACCACCUAGGAGGUUAG